AUGGCUAUCUCCGAUAUUCAGUUGAAGGAUCCUUCCUUGUUGAUCGGUCAAAACUACAUCAAUGGAAAAUGGAUUGAAUCUGAGUCUGGCAAGCGGUUCAAUGUCACAGAUCCCACGACCGGAGCUCUCAUCGGAUCAUGUCCCGAAUCUGACUCGAAAUAUGCGCAUAAGGCGAUUCAAGCGGCGGCAGCAGCAAUGCCCGCAUGGCGCUCGCGCGAAGAUCUGACCAAACUCAUAACAUGGGAAAACGGAAAGGCAAAGCCCGAUGCAAAUGGCGAGGUUAUUUCCGCCGCCAGCUUCCUCGAGUGGUUCUCUGAGGAAGCGGCGCGAGUCUAUGGCGAUGUCAUUCCUCACAGCCAGCCAAACUUCCGCGUCUCUGUCCUGAAGGAACCUGUUGGUGUAUGCGGACUUAUCACACCUUGGAACUUCCCCGCCGCUAUGAUUACUAGGAAGCUUGGACCUGCAUUGGCCGCUGGAUGCACAGUAGUCGUUAAGACUGCUGGCGAGACGCCGUUUACAGCCAAUGCCGUGCUUAAGCUUGGGCCGAAUUUCUACGAGCCCACGAUUCUCACCAAUAUCACCGCUGAUAUGCUAGUGGUGAAAGAGGAGAUAUUUGGGCCUGUAGCACCGAUCUUCACAUUUGAUACUGAGGAUGAAGCGAUCGCGACUGCAAAUAAAUGUAAUGUGGGCCUUGCAUCGUACAUUUUCACCAAAAAUGGUACUCGAGCCAAUAGAGUUUCGGAACUUUUGCAGUUUGGCAUGGUGGCUGUCAAUACUGGUGUUGUCUCUGAUGCUGCUAGCCGUGAGUUCGGCGGAAUUAAGAAUUCUGGGAUGGGCCGUGAGGGCAGCAAGUAUGGAAUAGAGGACUACCUGCAGAUGAAGACUGUCGUGACAGGCAACAUCAAUGUAGUUUAUAAAGCUUCACUUUAA